AUGUGCGAGGAGCCCGUGGAUAUCCCGGCGUCCGCGGCGGGCCGGGUGCUCCGCCACGGCCCCCGCCUGGCGGAGCUCUUCGGGGUGGGCGUGCGUCUAGGCGAGGCCGAGGCUCCUCGGGGAGGCGAGGCCGCGGUGGGGAGUCGCGUCCAGAUUGUGAUCAGAGGAGCCGGGACGAGAGAUCGGAGCCUCGCUAAGGGCUACAUCCUCUCCCUGUGCGAGUCCGACCUCGACAUUGCCUCCACCACCGGCACCGGCACCGGCACCGGCACCAGGCCACAACCUCGGGGGCCCCAGGAGCCCCACGGGGACCCCGGGAGACCCCACCGGCGGCUGUGCCGCUCCCUCUGCCUGGGGCCUCCUGCCCAGCCGUGGGGCCGCGCGGCCAGGCCGGGGCAGGCUGAGGGCGCCGCGCCGGGCCCCAAGUACCUGGCCAAGAUGGAGUUCGCGCUGAAGCUGGGCUACGCGGAGGCGCAGGUCCAGUCGGUUCUCGCUAAGCUGGGAGAGGAUGCGCUCACCAAUGACCUCCUGGGGGAGCUCAUCCUGCUGCAAGGGGGGCAACCCCCACUCCCCAUCACUCCGCCCCUUCCUCCCACCGAUCCCGCGGGGGACCGCCCCCUGGGGGAGGAGCCUCCGGCCCCGCCCCCGCCGGCCACAGGGCCCCGCCCACCGGCGGCGGUGGCACCGCCCACGCCGGCCACUGGGCCCCGCCCACCGGCGGCGGUGGCCCCGCCCACGCCUGCGGAGGAGAACGGCGGCAACCUGAGGCCCAUCGUCAUUGACGGGAGCAACGUGGCCAUGAGUCAUGGCAACAAGGAGGUGUUCUCGUGCCGGGGUAUCGCGCUGGCGGUGGACUGGUUCCGUUGCCGUGGUCACCGUGACAUCACCGUGUUCGUGCCCAGCUGGCGAAAGGAGCAGUCACGGCCAGACGCCCCCAUCACUGACCAGCACGUGCUCUCGCAGCUGGAGCAGGAGCAGGUGGUGGUGCUCACGCCAUCCCGUCGUGUCCAGGGCCGCCGCGUCGUCUGCUACGACGACCGCUUCGUGCUCCGCCUGGCCCACGACAGCGGCGGCGUCGUGGUCUCCAACGACCACUACAGGGACCUGCAGGCCGAGAGGCCCGAGUGGAGGCGGCUGGUGGAGGAGCGGCUGCUCAUGUACUCCUUCGUCAACGACAAGUUCAUGCCCCCUGACGACCCGCUGGGCCGCCAUGGGCCCAGCCUGGACAACUUCCUGCGUGUGCAGCCGCUGCUGCUGCUGCUGCCGGCCAGCAGGAGGCAACCUUGCCCCUACGGCAAGAAGUGCACCUACGGAUCCAAGUGUAAGUUCCACCACCCGGAGCGGCCCAGCGUCGGAUCGCAGCGCUCCCUGGCUGACGAACUCCGCUUAGCCGCAAGUCGGAGCGAACACACCGCCUCUACCGCCUCUACCGCCACCACCGCCUCCACCGCCUCCAUCGCCACCGCCAUCACCUCCUCCUCCACCACCUCCACCACCGCCUAUCCCAGGCUUCCGCCCGGACAUCACCAUCACCAUCACCACGAUCCUCAUCAUCAUCAUCAUCAUCCCCCUCUUCAUCAGCGCCACCACCGUCAUCAUCCGGCGGCGGCUUCGUCAGCCGCAGACUUUGCCUCUGGACGUUGCCGCCGCGGCGAUGACGAGGAUGAGGAGGAUGAGGAGGAGGAGGCGGGGGAAGAGGUGGGGGUGGAUGAGGAGGAGGAACUCUCCUCGGCCGCCAGUAGGAUGACGAUGAGGGUCGUGUCCGUGCAGCAGCAUCAGCAGCUGCAGCAUCAGCAUCAGCAGCAGCUCCAGCUGCAGCAUCAGCAGCUCCAGCCGCAGCAGCAGCCACAGCAGCAUCAUCAGCAGCUCCAGCAGCAUCAUCAGCAGCUCCAGCAGCAUCAUCAUCAGCAGCAGCAUCAUCAUCAGCAGCAGCAUCGGCAGGCGCCGGCGAAGUGUCACCCGCCCAUCACGGUGACCGACAGCCACGGCACGGCCGUGGUACUGCAAUGCGACUCCCCCGUCGAGGACACGGCGGCCUCCACCUCCUCGGCGUCCACCUCCUCGGCGUCCACCUCCUCAUCCUCCUCAUCCUCAGCAGCAGCGGACCACUCCUCC